AUGUCACCAGAAAGGAACUCAGAAAAAUUGGAUUCGUCUCGAGAAAAGGAUUCAGAGGAAAUGGAAUCGUAUUCAGAAAAAGAUUCGAAGAAAACGGAUUCGUAUCGAGAAAAGGGCUCAGAGAAAUCGAAGUCAUCUCGUGAGAAGGACUCAGAGAAAUCAGAAUCGUCUGAAGGAAGGGAAAAGAAGAAAGAAAAAUCUGAUCGUAGUGGUUCUGACAAAAAUGACAGCAAAAGAUCGGAAGAUCGAAAGGAUCGAAAAGAGGAAAAGUCAGACAAGCGAAGGCGGGACGAGAGUGAUAGCAAAAGAUCAGACGACCGAAAGGACCGAAAAGAGGAAAAAUCAGAGAGACGAAGAAGUGAUGAUCGCCGCGAAGAACGCUCAGAAAGAUCCCGGAGGGGUGAUGAUCGAUCAGAUGAUAGUCGACAACCGAAGAAAUACAGUGACAGCGAUGAUAGCCGAAAAUCAAAAAAGUACCCUGAUAGUGAUGAUCACGAAGGGUCGAGCAAGAGACCACGAAGAGAUGACCGCGAUAGUGGAAAAUAUGAUCGAUAUCGUGACAACAAUAGAGGUAACCGAGGUGGAUGGAACCGUGGAAAUGACAGAAAACGCGACGACUACCGCCAGCGUAGUUGGGAUGAGAAGGAUCGAUAUCAGAGGAAAGACGAUCGUCAUGAUCGAGACGCUGGCAUGAGACGCGGUGGUCGAGGCGGUUACGAAGGAGGAGGUCAGCGCUAUGGUGGACGUGACCGAAACAACGAUGAUUUGAGAGAAGGUGGAUGGAAAGGAAAAAAUUUCAGAAACAAGGACAGCGCGAUAACAGCGAGUGGUGUUGGUGGUGACCAGGCGAACAAAUUUCUGAAACUCAUGGGCAUCAAGAAUGUUCCCACUGUUGAUCCAACCACUUCGUUACAGGAGGACAGUAGCCGUCUCAAGGAGGAAAGUGAAAAGCAAAAGAAAGUGAUGCGAGAUUUGGAUCGGCAAUAUGAAAUUGCACGUGAAGCCACACACAUGGGACGAGGCUUAGGACUAGGAUUUCAUCAAUAA